CUGAUCUUUGAGGCUGACACACCACCCCGGCCUUGUAAGAGCUUGGCUGCGGCGGUGCGCGUGCUUCUCACCGGUGUGUUGUCAAUAAAAGUCCGCUGCGAUGUUUCGCUGCAGCGCGCUCUGGAAUAAACUGAGUCCGGCGGCGCGAGCCUCCUCAACCCUGUGUCGGCACACCGGGCGGAGAGCGCGUGAGUCACUGAGGCCUGACAGGAAGCCGGCGUUCCCGCCGCAGACCCACAUGUCCACCAGUCCACUGGGCGGAGGCGGAGAGAACACCAUCUACUACGUGCUGGUGGGAGCGGCAUUUGUGGGAGGCGGAGCUUAUGCGUACCGCACCCUCACCGGCGACAGCGCCAGAUACUCCGAGCGAAUCUCUCAAAUCAGGGGCAGGUCGAAGAAGACUGUGGAAAGUCCCGCCCUUCCUGUUACAACAGAACCACAAGUCACAGCUACAAAAGCAGUUGCAGAACCAACAAAAGAAUCCCCGGCUGAGGAUGUCUCCGAACCCGUCCUUGAGUCUUCAGGAGAUGAACCUUCACAGGAACCAAAGGCAACUGAGGCUGACCGAGAAAUUCUUACGUCUGAGCCAUCUUUAACAGACCCUCUUCCAGAAGAUCCUUCGGCAACAGAAACUGCACAAUAUGACCCUGCUCCAGAACCGGUCUUGGAAGACCCUUCACUGAAUGCUUCUAUAAUAGAAGCUACUCCUGUUUCUAAAUCAUGUGAGGAGGAAGUGACUCUUGAUGCUCAUGUCAUUAAAGAGAAACCCACUGAAGAAUCUCCAGCUCCUGUUGUUGAGAGUGCAGAACCUGUACCUGAAGUGGUGGCAGAAAGCGUGCCAGAGUCUCCACCAGUAGCCCAAAGUGAAUCCGGACACGAACCUGCUUCCAGUGCAGAACCCGCCCUCGCUGAGUUCCCCGGACACGUUCCUUACCUCCUGAUUGGUGGAGGAACGGCAUCGUUUGCAGCAGCGAGGUCGAUCCGUGCCCGUGACCCUGGUGCUCGGGUUCUGAUCGUGACUGAAGAAGCCGACCUGCCGUACAUGAGGCCUCCUUUGUCCAAAGAACUGUGGUUCUCCGAUGAUCCUGCAGUGACGGAAGCACUGCGCUUCAAACAGUGGAAUGGAAAAGAGAGAAGCAUUUAUUUCCAGCCUCCUUCCUUCUACGUGAACCCCAGUGAGCUGGAUGUGGUGGAAAACGGGGGCGUGGCCGUGCUGACAAGCAAAAAGGUGGUGCACAUGGACGUCAGGGAGAAUAAAGUUCUGCUGAGUGAUGGUGCUGAGAUCUCCUAUGACAAGUGUCUAAUUGCAACAGGUGGAGUUCCCAGGAAUCUGCAGGUAAUUGAGCGAGCCAGCGAGGAGGUGAAGAGCAGGACCACUCUCUUUAGGAAGAUUGAGGAUUUUAAAGCGCUGGAGAAAGUUUCCCGAGAGCUGAAGUCCAUCACCAUCGUGGGUGGAGGGUUCCUGGGUAGCGAGCUGGCCUGCGCCUUGGGCAGGAAAUCUCAUGAUCUGGGCCUGGAGGUGAUCCAGAUGUUCCCUGAGAAAGGGAAUAUGGGUAAAGUUCUUCCUGAGUACCUGAGCAACUGGACCACAGAGAAAGUGAGAAGAGAGGGAGUCCAGGUGCUGUUGGAGGCUGUGGUUAAGAACGUGGCCUACAAGGACGGAAAGGUGGAGAUCAAGCUGAAAGACGGACGAGUGGUGAAAACAGAUCACAUCGUGGCCGCCGUGGGUCUGGAGCCCAGUGUGGAUUUGGCGGAAUCCGCCGGCCUGGAAAUCGACUCCGACUUCGGAGGCUACCGGGUGAACGCCGAGCUGCAGGCGCGCUCCAACAUCUGGGUGGCAGGUGAUGCUGCAUGUUUCUAUGACAUUAAGCUGGGACGGAGACGUGUGGAGCAUCAUGACCACGCUGUGGUGAGCGGCAGACUCGCUGGAGAAAACAUGACUGGAGCCAAAAAGCCUUACUGGCACCAGUCUAUGUUCUGGAGUGACCUGGGCCCUGAUGUAGGAUACGAAGCAAUUGGUAUUGUAGACAGCAGUCUCCCAACUGUAGGAGUGUUCGCUAAAGCUACUGCUAAGGACACACCCAAAGCAGCUACUGAACAAUCAGGUACAGGAAUCAGGUCAGAGAGUGAGACAGAGGCAGUUGCAGGAACGCUUUCCACAUCUCCAGCAGCUCCUGUCCCACCUACACCCCAAGAGAACUAUGGGAAAGGAGUGAUCUUCUACCUGAGGGACAAAGUGGUGGUCGGCAUCGUGCUGUGGAACGUCUUCAACAGAAUGCCCAUCGCCAGGAAGAUCAUUAAAGACGGAGAGGAGCAUGCUGAUCUGAACGAGGUGGCCAAGCUCUUCAAUAUCCACGAAGACUAAACGCGCACGCACACACACACACACACACACACACACACACACACACACACACACACACAGUGAACUCUGUCAGCGUGGUUCUGCCCCAGCCCUGUUGGUGGCGCUGUGACCACAGCUCGCUGAUGGACAAACGUCAGAUCGGUAAAGCUGAUAAAAAAACAUAAUUUAUACGGGAAACUCGUACACGUGUUUUCUAGUGAGAUCAGUAAAUUGUACAUUUGCGAAUCGAUUUAGCGUUCCUUCUUUUUCCCGGAGUCUCGUCUUUUUUUUCUGCACGAGGAGUCGGAAAAAAACCACCUCAGUGUUUCUUUUCCUCUUGAACCCCCAUUAGAUGCGAUGUUCAGGUUUUUGUACGCAGCUGAUCGUUACUCCAGCUAUGCAGCACAGGGUGGUUUGGAUCAUCAACAGCUUCCUCCACCAUUUUCUAGAUUCACAUCUCUGCCUUCUGGAGUAAAUAAUUCUGAUCCCGGCAUUGACCCUCAUCCUCGUGUGGGUUAAACCUCCAAACGUGAGGAAAAAGCUGCACCAUCUCCCCUCUGCCCCUCCUGAACCACGUGGCUCAGUUUGUUUCUCUAAGACUUGAUUAAAACAAAUUAUUUUUGAA